UUAUCAAAUUUCAUACCUCAACUUCCUCCGGCCAAAUGGCCGGGGCCCACGUUAUUUUAAAUUAGUUGACUAGGCUACCUAGAUUGGGUUUUUGGGCCAUUACUCCGUGUCAUCACCACCACCCCAGGACAUGGCAAGGAGGUGGGUACCAUACCACCACCCCCAGGACGUGGCAAGGGCGGUGCCGAGAGGGUUGGCCACCAUCCGUCCACCCCCAUGACGUUGUAUCGAGGGGGGUGGGUACCAUAUUGCCACCCCAUGAUGUGCCGAGGAGGUGGGCAACAUGGGGGUGUCGAGGGGGUGGCCACCAUCCGUCCACCCCCAUGACUUGGUAAGGGAUAGAAUUGUUGCUAGUAACUGGGCCAUUCUCGAUGAAAGUGAGAGUGAUUGGAAGAGCCAUGCUGCUGCUAUUGCUCAAUCCAUUCAAGUCAUCAAGAAGCGGUUGCAGUGGAAGAAGUUGAUGGUUAGAUUAAACCGGCUAUCAUCACAGCUGAAUAAGCCAGACCUAUGGGAUGAUCCUGUUCUUGCAGGAAGUUUAAGCCGGGAGCAUGGCUCGUUGAUGGGCAAGAUGAAAGAGGUGAAAGCAUUGGAACAAGAUCUGAUUGAGCACAUUGAUAUGAUAAAGUUGGCUCGUGAAGAAUCAGAGAACUCGGAGAUGGAACGGCGGGGAAACCUUGCUUCUUCUUGUUUAGGCAUGUACCCUUUUUCCUGGUGCCCUAAUGAUUAGAUUACUCUGUAGAACUCGUACCGGGACCAAUAUAUUGCACCUGUGCUU